CACCUCGAGAGCCAGUUCUUUGCGGUCUUGGCAGGGUUCUUUCCAUCGGCCGUGCUCGAAGUGGUGCUCAAGCUUCGUUGAGGAACUCUCCUGCGAAUUAAGCUAUCUUCUUCGAGUGAGGAAAACAUGGUUGAGCUAGCCCCUCCAGUUUCCGUGUCACCUUUCAUCAGGGCCUGCCGGUGGGGUUUUCUCGCCGCUGGAAUUUUUUACGGAGCCUUCAACUACAGGCGGCUCUCUCGCAAGGAAGCAAGUAUUCGUGAAUAUGAAGCCAAGCAGAUGGAGAUUCUCAAAAGCAAGAGGGAAGCAGAGAAACAAAAGAAGACAAGGGAGGAAAUGAUCACUCUGGCGAAAGACGUUGGUGUUCCAGUCCCUCCCAACUUCUGAAAAGUGUGUGGCCUGUACUCUGAAGCUCCAUAGUUGAUGCACCGAACCAUUAAAAACUGUUUUAUUUAGAC